AUGUUUUUUUCAUUAAUCCUUGGAAACUUAUUAGCCACUUCUGGCUUAAAUUUAAACCUUGAUGAUGUGAAUGCACCUGAAAUAUCAGAAUUAUCUUAUCAAGCAGCUGAAGAUAUUUUGUAUGACUACUCUCCUCAGACAACAGAUCUGUCUCUUUUAAUUUAUUUUCUUGAAUAUUCUGCAAACAAUAGUAAUCCAGAUGCUUUAAGAGAACUCGGAGAAAUUUGACUAUUUGGACUUCCAAUUGCUCCUGAAAAUCCAAGCCGUGACAAAUUUGUUGAUGAAAAAGGGAUAUUUAAUAGGAAUGUUAGCAAAGCAAUAGAUUAUUUUCAAAAAGCUUUUUUACUCGGAGACGCAGAUUCAGCGUUUUAUCUUGCCUUCUUAUUGCAGCAGACUUUGUUGAUUUCUGACUUUGAUGAGUUUUUCACAGAAGUUCAAGAUGUCCCUUCAAUGAUAGAUAGCCUUUAUACUGCAGGCUUAUUAAGAGAUUCUUAUCUUAUACAGAAAUCAUUGCUAUCUGCUUAUAAACAAUGUAUAAGUUCAUAUGAAAUCACUACUCCAAGCUUAUUAAACUCAAAUAUCUCUCACCCAUUCUAUUCAGCUCCUCUGUUCAACAAAAUUGAUUGUGGAGGAAGCUGCGAAGAUUACGGAAUCUAUGCUAUGGAUGCUGCUGAAGAAGCUCUUGAAUAUAUCAAAGAAAAUGGAAGAGAAGAACUGACUAUGGGAAGGCUGGAUCUUGAGCUUAAAAAUAUGUAUGGUGAAGAAACUGAGAAAGCAUUACUUUUGGCAACAAUCAGUAUAAAGGAAUCAGAACACUCGCGCGGGUAUCUAAAUCUAGCUGAAAAUUAUAUGUUUGGGAAUCCUCAAAUUGGAAUUGAAAAAGACUAUGAAAAAGCCAUUGAGCUCUACCGCACUGCAGCUUUUUCAGGUAUAGUCCGUUCCCGGCUAUAGAUUGGGCAAUGCCCAAUCUUUGCCGGGACACUCGAGGAGUUAUCUGCGUCAAUUUUGGGUGACGAGUCAACUCCCUGAGUUGGCAAAUAGCCACCAUAUAGUGAUUUGCCAACUCGGGGAGUUGACUCGUCACCUCGAAGUGACGCAGACAACCCCCCGAGUUUCCUGGCAAAGAUCGGGCAUAGCCCGAUCUAUAGCCGGGAACGGGCUAUAACGUGGAUGCAUAUGAUGUACUAGGUAUUAUUUAUUCUCAAGGAAUCCAUACUGAAAAAGAUAUAGAAACAGGCUGGGGUUACCUUGAAAAAGCAAAAGCACUAGGUUCUUCUCAAGCUUAUAGCGCCCUUGGAUACUUAUAUUUCAAUGGAGAUGGUGUGCCAGCUGACAGAGAAAAAGCUCUAGACUAUAUAAUGACGGCAGCUGAAAAAGGUAACCCUGAAGCGAUGAAUAAUUUAGGAGUGCUUUAUGCCAAAGGAGAUGGAAUCAAUCAAGACUAUUUUAAGGCGGCUCAAAUGUUUUCAGCAGGAUCAGCAAUUUGGCAUGCACCAUCAGUCUUCAAUUUAGGACUAAUGGAAUUCAAAGGACUUGGAACCAAAAAAAAUUGUAGAAUGGCUUUAGACUUAUUUGAGAAGGUUAUUGAAAGAGGAGAUCUGGCAAAAAUUAUAUUAAACGCAUAUUCAUUUUAUCGCAAUGGGGACAUAGAAGGAGCUUAUUUGUCUUACAUGUUAGGGGCGGCUCUUGGGUUUGAAAAUGCUCAGCUCAGCGUCGGCUAUAUGUGGGAAAAAGGAAUGGUCAACUUUAAGUGCAAAUACGAUAGAGAUUAUUGCGCGAUGAGCUACUAUGCAAAGGCUGCUCAAAUGCAUCAAUCUGAGUGGGCGUUUUAUAAGUUAGGAGAUAGGCUUUACUAUAAUAGCAGGGAUGAGUCAGACUAUGCAGAGGCCUUCAAGUACUAUUCAGAUGCGAAAACCAUACCUGAAGCCAUUUUUUCAAGAGGAUAUAUGCAUGAGUUUGGAAUUGGAGUUGAGAGAAAUGAAACAAAGGCUGAAGAGAUAUAUGAUGAAAUCAUCAAAAAAUCCAAAAAUGGGCAAUAUGAGCGAGACUCAUAUUACCCAGCACAGAUCGCGUUGUACUCGGUAAAGCUAAAGAAGUUAGUAUCCCAAGUUCCAUUUCUUAAUAGCCUCGUUGAAAUGAUCAAUAGUAUAAUCAAUUAG